UCUCAUCAAAAUGAACAACACUCCACCCCACACCCCAUCCAGGCGGCGUGUGUUUGAGCUUGGAUAUGGAUUUAGAUAGCAGCAGCAGCAGCAGUAGCAUAUGCUCGAGUAUCAUUCUACGAUGGAUGCAUUUUAUUAUAUAAUCUCAUCCACAGUUUUAAAAUGUAAAACCCCCAUGCUAUAAUCUAUUAUUUAAUUAGAUAUUAGAUAUUAGUUGCCGAGUUGCUGGCCAAAUGAACGCCUCCUUUAUAAAUAGUAUACUAGUCUCAACAGACACAUGAUAAGAUCGAGAUGGGGAAAGUGGAAGAUAAUGAGGAGGAGAAGAAGAUGGAAAGUAAUAACAGUAACAAUACUACUAGUAUCUUUAGCAGCAGCAGGAGGAGAAGAGCUGGUGUUGCUACGGAUUCUUCACAGCAGGAUCAGGAAGGACUUAAGCUUCAAGUUUACCAUCAAAUCCUGCGCCGCCUUCACCACCAUUCUUCUUCUUCAGACUUUGAUCAUCAACUCUGGGCCCACUUCAAUCGCCUUCCUACCAGGUACGCGUUGGAAGUGAAUGCCGAAAGGGCAGAAGAUGUUCUCACCCACAAGACCCUGCUGCAACUGGCUCAUGAUCCUUCCCAGAGACCCGCCUUUCAUGUUCGUCUUGUUCAGGUUCCUCCUUCACCUGAUAGUAACCAAACAGUUCAUUCAAGCUCUCAAACAAAGGAUCUUAUUGUGCCAAGCAUCCAUCCACCACCUGCUUUUGGUUCUUCUCCAAAUCUUGCUGCCCUUGCAAGUCAAGCUAAUGAUGUUCAGAAUGAGGACAGUUCUAUGAAUGCCUGUGUCAGCUUUUCUCGACCCAUGCAUGAGAUCACCUUUUCAACAGACGACAGGCCUAAGGUGCUCAGUCAGUUGACUUCGCUUCUUGCUGAGGUUGGGCUGAACAUCCUUGAAGCACAUGCUUUUUCCACAGUAGAUGGCUACUCCUUAGAUGUUUUUGUCGUUGAAGGUUGGCCAUUAGAGGAAACGGAGCAGCUGCGAACAGCAUUAGUAAACCAAGUUCAUAAGGCUGAGAAUCAGUCCUGGCCAAAUCAACUACCAUCUUCUCGUCUAGAUGAGCCUGCAAAAACUAGCUUCAGAUGUGAAAAUGAUCAUUUGGAAAUACCUAAUGAUGGGACUGAUGUCUGGGAGAUAGAUUCUCAACAUCUUAUAUUUGAUCGUAAAGUUGCAUCUGGAUCCUAUGGAGAUCUAUACAGAGGUACGUACUGCAGUCAGGAAGUGGCUAUUAAAGUCCUCAAGGCUGAGUGUGUAACUGCAGAGAUGCAGAGGGAGUUUGCCCAGGAAGUAUAUAUAAUGAGGAAAGUUCGGCACAAGAAUGUUGUACAAUUCAUAGGUGCAUGCACAAAACCUCCGAGCCUUUCAAUUGUAACAGGUUUAUUUAUGGUUGAACUGAUUGUAUUGACUUUAGAAUAUAUGAGUGGUGGGAGCGUGUAUGACUAUCUCCACAAACAAAAUGGUACUUUCAAGCUUCCAUCUAUGCUGAAAGUAGCAAUUGAUAUAUCGAAAGGGAUGAAUUACCUGCACCAUAACAAUAUAAUACACAGGGACUUGAAGGCUGCAAAUCUUUUAAUGGAUGAAAAUGAAGUGGUCAAAGUGGCUGAUUUUGGUGUUGCCCGAGUUCGAGCUCAGUCUGGGGUUAUGACAGCAGAAACUGGGACAUACAGAUGGAUGGCUCCAGAGGUUAUAGAACACAAACCGUAUGACCACAAGGCCGAUAUAUAUAGUUUCGGGGUUGUAGUAUGGGAGCUAUUAACCGGAAAGCUUCCCUACGAGAACUUAACGCCAGUUCAAGCAGCUGUUGGAGUUGUCCAAAAGGGGCUGCGGCCAACCAUUCCCAAGCACACUCUUCCAAAGCUUGCUGAGCUUCUUGAGAAUUGCUGGCAGCAAGACCCAGCGUUAAGGCCCGACUUCACUGAAAUAAUAAAGAUAUUACAGCAGAUAGUUAAGGAGGUUGGAGAUGAAGGGGAGAGUCAUCACAAAGAGAAGACAUCUGGUAGAUUUCUUUCUGUCCUCAGGCGGAAUCAUCACUAAACGGAGUAAACUGGUGAUGAUCGGUUCUUAUACAUUUUUUGGUGGCGGUAAUGGCUUAUUAUGUACUACCUAGUGUUAUUUGAUUCAAUAUCUUUCCUGUCCACAGUUGUUUAUUAUAGUCCUGAUUUUUUGUUUAGUUACUACACCAUUUUGUACUGAAGGGUGUUGUUAUCUGAUAAUAUAUAUGUUUGAUAGUUUGAGUGGUACACACCAGAAA